UUCAAGGUUAAGAAUCUGGGACAGUCUUCUCGACGUUUGUUAUUAUUAUCAAUCAAACCAAAAAUUUUGUGAUAUUGUUGCAAACGAGUUGUGAAAAAUGGCUGAUGUCCUCUCAGAAAUAGUUCUUCCUGAAGAUCUAAAGAAAUUCGAGAAAAUAUACCACGAGCAAUUGUACAGAAACGAUGUUACACCGAAAGCCAAAUUUGAGUACGCUUGGUGUCUGGUGCGUAGUAAGUAUCCAGCAGACAUCCAAAAGGGAAUAGUUUUAUUAGAAGACCUAUACAGAAAUGAUGUAGAGGGACAAAGGGAUUAUCUAUACUACUUAGCCAUAGGUAAUGCAAGAAUUAAGGAAUAUGCAAAGGCCCUCGGAUAUGUCCGGUCAUUUUUGUCCAUUGAACCUGGAAAUGUACAACUUAUCAGUCUGAAGGAAAACAUUACGAAGAAAAUGCAGAAAGAAGGCCAGAGAGGCAUAUUUGUAGCGGGAGGAGCACUUCUGGCUGUUGGGGCACUUGUCGGCGUCGGAGUAGCGUUGGCAAAGAAUAAGUGAUAAUGAAAUUGGGCUGUUCGUAUUUUCAUAUUUAUUUAUCAGUAUGUUUUAAUUAUUUUGAAUAAAACAUUUAUUUUGCUACUAUCUUCAGAAAUGUAUUAAAUGGUUUUAAGCCGUAAGAAGUGAAUAGGUUUCGUAGCGGAUAAGCUGAAACUUUAACUGAUGGUUUUCGCUAUCUGGAUUAUCCGACCACCAUUUGAUGAAAAUUAUAAUCAGUCCCUAGACUUUGUUUCUUGAUAUUCACUAUAACGUUUACAAGCAUUCUAGCAGAUUUACUAUUGGUUGAAUAAUAUAAAUGUUCAGCCAUUACUGGUUUUAUAUCAGUUUUUUAUUUAAAAAAAUUUGUAACAAGUAAUAACACGUAAUAUACUUUAUUAUCCGUCAGACAUAAUGAACAAUUUUCGUUGCAUCUGAGAAUGUCCAAAAUAUGCCCUCUAGACAAAAUAUGUACACUUAUAAUUAAUAAAUGUAAAGAUGUAUGUUUAUUAAUAAAAAAUAGAAGCAAAUGUUACCUUAAAUAAAUAGUUUUUCAAAUUGGAUAUAUAUAUAUAAAUAAUCUUUAUUUCCUACAGAAAAGGGCUAUCGACCCAAUCGGUCUUUCUGCCCUUUCAAAUUGGAUUUAAUUAAGGAAAUAGUUUAAGGUCCGCCACCAACCGUAUCAAAUAAAAAAAAAAUUAAACACUGAGCUCAUUUCAAACAUUUCUAUACGGUUCCUAAAUUAUCAAAGAGACUGCAUCUCUUCCGUAAUUUUGCAAAUGUUAACUGUAAAUAUGCAUUUUGAAUUCUGUAUAACCAAAAUACCGUUAUUAAAGAAGUAGAUAUUACAGCUGAUCUAGUGCUAAUAGCUAAAUCACAGAUCUAGUGUACUAUAGUUGUUCUGUUUUAACGUAGAAUUUCCACAUCUUAUUUGCAAUUAGUCAUUUGAAUACAAUGAUUUAUUAUUUAAUAUAUUUGUUUUAUAAUUA